GGUGCGCGCGUGUGCGCCGCGUUGAAAUGCCCGGCACGUCGGGACAGCACACCAGAGCCCAGGGCGCGCGCGGAGCCUCCCAGUGUCCCGCUCCUGCGGCCGCAGCCAUGACGGAGAACUCGGACAAAGUGCCCAUCGCCCUGGUGGGGCCCGACGACGUUGAGUUUUGUAGCCCCCCGGCGUACGCCACGGUGACCGUGAAGCCCUCCAGCCCCGCGCGGCUGCUCAAGGUCGGAGCCGUGGUCCUCAUUUCGGGGGCGGUGCUGCUGCUCUUCGGGGCCAUCGGGGCCUUCUACUUCUGGAAGGGGAGCGACAAUCACAUUUACAAUGUCCAUUAUACCAUGAGUAUCAAUGGGAAAUUACAAGAUGGGUCAAUGGAAAUAGAUGCUGGGAACAACUUGGAGACCUUUAAAAUGGGAAGCGGAGCUGAAGAAGUGAUUGAAGUUAAUGAUUUCCAGAAUGGCAUCACAGGAAUCCGUUUUGCUGGAGGGGAGAAAUGCUACAUCAAAGCACAGGUGAAGGCUCGCGUUCCUGAGGUGGGCACCGUGACCAAGCAGAGCAUCUCCUCCGAAGUGGAAGGCAAGAUCAUGCCAGUUAAAUAUGAAGAAAAUUCUCUCAUCUGGGUGGCUGUAGACCAGCCCGUGAAGGACAACAGCUUCUUGAGUUCCAAAGUCUUAGAACUCUGUGGUGACCUUCCUAUUUUCUGGCUUAAACCGACCCACCCCAAAGAAAUCCAGAGAGAAAGAAGAGAAUUGGUAAGAAAAAUUGUUACAACAACGACCACGAGAAGAUUGCGCAGUGGCCCACGGGGCAACCCGGGCACUGGAAGACCGAGUAAUGAAACCGGACCCAGCGUUCAAGAGGAUUCAGAGCCCUUCAACCCAGACAACCCUUAUCAUCAGCAGGAAGGAGAAGGCAUGACAUUCGACCCUAGAUUGGAUCAUGAAGGAAUCUGCUGUAUAGAAUGCAGGCGGAGCUACACACACUGCCAGAAGAUCUGUGAACCCCUGGGGGGCUAUUACCCAUGGCCUUACAAUUACCAGGGUUGCCGUUCAGCCUGCAGAGUUGUCAUGCCGUGUAGCUGGUGGGUGGCCCGCAUCCUGGGCAUGGUGUGAUAUCGCUUCAUACACCAGGUGCUGUAAAGAAUUAACUUCAGAGAUGACCAAAGUUUGAGGCAUCUUGAUGCUGAAGGGACCACAAAGUAUUUUAUAUUCCACCUGAGCAAUGCUAUUCGAGACACAGAAUAUUUUUCAACUGCUUCACAGAACUUUAUCCUGAACAGUUGUACUGAAAGGGUAGUUUAAGUCUAAAAUAUCAUAUUAAUCCUUUUAUUACUUGCUAUUUCUUGCUUUUCUUUGCCGGUAAGGCCUGCUUUUAAGACUUCCUUACUUAGAAAUAAUCAUGAAAAAUUAUUUACAAUUUGUCAAAGAUCUCAACUGUACACUUGAGUUCCUUUUAAAUCAAGUCACUGACUAAAACAAUUGUCUUCUGUUGUUGUUUGCACAGAACCCCUCAAUUGUUCUUCACAUUUAUGGUUCUUUCCCAGUCUUGCAAAUGCGCCCCCAGCAUUCCUAGAUAAAUACACAGACAAAAAAGGGAAAGCAAGACAUAUAAUGGAAUCUACCUGAGAGUAAACAUUAUAAACCUCAAUGUGGUAGCUCAUGCAGAAUUCUCUAUGGUAUGUGCUGGCAUGUGAUUAACAGCUGGCCACCCUGUUAAGAGUCACCCCCCAAAUAAGAGCAUUAGGAUAAAGAAGGAAAAUGUAGUCAGAGGUAAAUCCGACUUGUGGGGCAGGACUUUCAUUGACGUUCUGAAAACCAGGUUUUCACACUCUUUCAAUCUUUCCGUCAGUGGUCACUGGGCAGGAAGCAGCAUAAUGACAUCCACCUCUGUAGUACAAAUCAGGCUGCUGCUGUAGUCCAAGUACCAAGACGUUCCUCUCCCAGUAACACGGCUGGCAGUGCUGCUUGACAGGCACAGCUGAGGAGGAAUGGCUUAUUUAUUUAUAAUGACAUAAAGAAUCUCAGGAACAAGGACUCUUUAAAAAUUGAAAUAUUAGAUCAGGAAGAUGAGGGUAUUUCAUAUCUUGGACAUUUUAGUUUUGACUCUCAUAGUUUAAGAGAUUUAGAACUUUCCAAAGGAAAAUAAGUUUUCCAAAACAACAUAAAAAUUCAGGGAGAUGAAAGGUCUUGAUACCAUGAUAGUCCCACAGUCAAACCAUACUACUGUAUAUCUAGUGUUGCCAAGUUAAGUCUGUAAAGUCACACAUAAUUUUUAAAACUUGGUUAUCAGAUGAACAUUCAUAUACCUGCAUUUAAUGGAAUGUAGAGCAAGCUAGGUCUUUGGAGAAAAGAGGGAUGAAGGAAAGAUACAUAUUGAAUUAUAUGUAAUGUCACACUGUUCAGGCAGCAGCAAUUUCCUACAGUUACAAAUUUGCAUGCUGAGUUUUCAAAAUGGUUGUCACUCUAUUGACUAAGCAAGUAAGUGCCAGUAGUUCUGCACACCAUCUCCCACCUCACCACCCAGCAACCUGUAUGUACUUGGUUCUGGAAAUAAAGGGGCAAAAAAGAAAAAAGAUUGAGUCAGUAAUCCUACCCCAGAAGAGUUUGUGGUCUCAUGAGAUACAGAUAAUUGGGAUUCAGUACACCAAAAGCCUUGAUAAAGAUGGGCGCAUCAGGCUUCCUGGAGAAAGAGAAUGCCUUCAAUGGUUCUUCAAGGAUGGGCAGGAGUUAGCCGGGUAGUGACAGGAAGGGCAUUCCAGGCAGAGGGAGUAGUUCAAGUAGAGGUGUAAGGUUGUGCAGCACAAGCAGGGAAACAGAGCAUCUGGCUGAGGUAGGCAAUAUCAAGAUAGAAACGUAGGAUUUCCCUGGAGGUCCAGUGGCUAAGAAACUGCGCUUCCACUGUAGGGGGCGCAGGUUCGAUUCCUGGUUGGGAAGAUCCCACAUGCUGUGAGGUGAAGCCAAAAAAAAAAAAAAAAGGAAGUGAAGGCAGAAGCUGUAUCCCACUCAAAUUGCAUGUUAACUCUGAAUUUAUUGAUGGGGGGAUAAGGAAUAGGAAACCAAUGAAAGGUUUUGGGCAAAGAGGAGGCUGGUUAAGUUUCCAUUUUAGAUGGAUCCGCUUGGUAGCUUUCCACCUGAGAACUGAAGAGGUGCCAGACGUAGCAAGGAGAGCAUGUCAUAGGGAAGAAAGGCUGCCUCUUGAAAAGGUGCUCCUUUUCAAAGCACAACAAUUAAAUGAAAUAUAGGAGGUGGAUAAUUUACUUAUUAGAUACUGGAAUUAUGCUGUGUUAUGAGAAGUCACUCAGUACUCAAGGAAGUCAACCUAACAGGAAAGAAUAAAGAUGUUUUUUAAGAGCAGAGGGGAAACUCAAGGUUGGAUUAAGCAUAGGAAUGACAAGAGACUCAAAUUGUGUUCAAUGAAAAAAACUGCAGGUCUACUUUGAAAGAGAAGAGUCAAGUGUACAAAGGAAGAAUAUCUGGUAAAGGGAGCUAGGACACUGCUAAAUACAAACUUUUCACACAUUGGCACUAGUCCCUAGAGGACCUCUAACCAGGCCAAUCCAAAAGCUGCAAAUGCUGCCCGGUCUGCUGUGCUGAAUCUUGACUUGUCCUUCAAUUAACUCUCAGUUGUGAUAUAAACCAAUCCUUAUGGACAUCACAGGUUCAUUUUCAAGGUCCUAAGGUCCUAGUUUGACUCAGUCGUCUUAGAUGUGAUAGUUGCUGCUGUGUCAGCAUAGAGAGAAAAUGAAGAAAUGGUAUUGCUGGGUUUCAAUAAGUGUUCUAUGUUACAUUAACAUAUCUCACUAAUCAAACUUCCAAUGUGAUGUUAAAAACUUGUUUAACCUCAUCCUUAUACCUCCUUCCCACCACCACCUCAAAUAACUGCUGCCACUAAAAAAGUAAAUAUAUUCAGAAUAAUCACUUAACCCACUCAACAGUUGUUCUUACACCAGAUUUUAUUAUACUCUGAAGUACAAGCUAGAUUUUUACAAAGUAGAAAUUCCUUGUGUGAGUGGAAUAAUUUAAUUUUUAUUUCUGUAUAAGCUGAAUAUGCUGAUUUGUUUUAUGAACAUUUACUUUAUAGAAAUGUCACAUUUCUUUUUUAAGUGAACUGAUUUAUUGAGGGGGAAGGAGGAAGUUGAUAAAAAUCUACAUGCAUAGACAGUCCCAGUAGCGUAUGCAGACAGAAAGGUGCAAAUGUGAGUCAACGAUGCAAACUUUCACAAAAACAUUUUACAGGCAGAGUGAGUUCUGAUGUUUAUAAAAGAAAGCUGAAUUCCUUCUAAGGGCCUUUGUACAUAUAUGCAUGCUCAUAUUUUACAUGCAUAUACAGGUUUCACUUUGAAAAGUCCAGUAUGUUAAAAUCAAAUUUACAAAACAGAUUAAGUUAGUACUGACUGACUUUUAACAAUAAAGGGACCCAACCGCAGGUUUUACUUAAACUGCUUACAAUCAAAAGUAAUCAAUUUACAUACAAUUUUUGGGUACUUACUGUGAAAAGGUAAGUACAUCCAUAUAUACAUUUAUGCAUGUAAAAUCUAACCUAGCAAAAUUUGCUAAGGUGUUUGCUUUACCGCAACUUCACCGUGUCUUAAUAGUUCUUAAAUCAAACAUGCAGGAGUCAGUCUUUAUUAGGGUCUGCGUUCCUGCCGUAGAGUGAUACAGAUAAGCAACGGCGCUGGAAACAGUCCACCUACGAAGCUAUAAAUAAGUCCCCAGAUUAAAACAUCAAAUUAUUGGAAAUCAUGUUUUAAGUUCCUCCUAUGAGUUUACUAAUAACUUUACAGAUAUUAUACAUCAUAUUCCUGUUCUCUUUGUGGCUGCUCCUUUACAAAACUUCUCCAUAUCAAAUUUCUGUAAUUGAAUCAAUCUCCUUUUUUUCAUUUGUAAUAUGGCUACAAAAAUUUUAAUAGCAAUGAGAUAGUGUGGAAGAAAUAACCUCUACACACUUUUUCUUACAACUGGCAUUAUAUUUGCAAAUGUACUUGCAAUUUUUUUUUUUUAAAACAUGAUUUUAGUUUCCUGU